UGUUUCAUUCUUCAUCGUUUAAGGGCAUCGGAAGCGGAAUUGCCUGCAAAUUGUAAACAAAUCAUCAAAAAACUGUUAAAUUCAUUCAAAUCAUUGACAAUUGACAGUUGUAGACGUGGGUUAUGUCAUAUUCGAAUUAUUUUCGUGACUAUAUCAGUUAAUAAACGAGUUUAUCGGGUCGUAGGAAGCAGCCCAAUGUUUUCGAAAUACUUUGAUAAAUAAAAAAAUUAUAAAAAUGAUGGAAGUAAGCCAGAACAUGGAGCUGAAGGAACUCUCCACAGAGGGCGCUUUAUUGCGAACUCUAUCCUCAGACCUCAGCAGUGAAGUAGAACCUGUCUCCACCCCUGCAAUAGUCAACGAAUCGAGUCGAACGUCCGCGGAUGAAGAUGACCUAUGUGAGCUGGCCAAUGGGGUCGAUAGUAAGGACAUCAAGGAUAUAGACAAACCGAUAACUGGAUCGGAACAGGAACGUAAUGCCGGCAGCGAUUUGGACGCUCUGCUGGACAAGAUUAGCUCCAUUGUGGACUGUAGUCCCAGGAAUCCGGAUGAUCUAGAGUCACUCGAUAAGAACGAGGAAUGCGACUCUGCGUCAACAAAGGAGAAACCAGCUGAUGAGACGGACGAAAAGCAGGUUGAGCAAAUAGAUUUAGAAAUAGAAGAAGAAGAAGGAGAAGGAGAGGUAUCGGAAUCAAAAGAAAACGAAGCGCGCGUGGAGCUGGAUUCCGAGAUUGAGACUGAGGAUAAAGCUGGUGUGGAAAACAUCGAACACAUCGAAGAUCCCGCUCCUGCUGAGAAGACCACAGAGCAAAUCGAUGAUUUGGACGAGCCGGAAGAAGAGCAUCUUAAAAAAGUAACUGAAGAAAAGAAAAAAUCCGAGGAAAAAGAAGAAGCCAAACCACAUGAUGUGAAUAUCACUGAAAAAGUUCGGACAAAGGUAAACUCCUCCGCGGAUGAUGUGUUUUUGGAUGCUCUAGACAGCAUUUCCAGUUCGGAUGAGUUUGAUGCCAUCGCUUCAAAGGAGUCGGAGAAAGCAAAGCAAAGCAAAAAUCUGAACACCGAGAAUAAAUCAGAUUCCAAUGAUCUCGAGGAGAUUUCGUCCGAUGAUGAUGAUAUUCUUAAGGACGAGAAAGUCGAUAAGCCAGAAAAACCAAAAGCAGACAUUAUAGAUUUAGACUCGUCAGGCGAGUGUGUAAUAUGUGAAACACCAACGGAUGUCGAGGAAUCGGUAGACAAAACUGAAGAUACCGAGGAAGUUACUCCUGAAAAAGGUUCAUCCCAGGAGACAAAGAUUGUGGAAGAGAAUAUCUCAGAAGAGCCCGUGGAUGUGGCCCAAGAUGAACCUAUUCAAGCUGAGGAAGAGGAAGAAAAGAUUACAGAUAUUGAAGACCCCACGGAGUCUAUGUCAGUUGAAGACGAGGAGCCAAAGGUAACCAAGGAGCCAAAACAAACCGAGGAGCCAAAAGAAACCGAGGAGCCAAAGGUAACCGAAGAGAAAGAAGAGUCCGUACUAAUAGAGGACGGAGAGCCCAUGUUGGUUGACAAGGAGGACGAAGAGUCCAAGAAAGCAGAAUUACAGGAAGUGCAGGAGGACAAGCAAACAGAAGAGCCCGAAAAGGCCAAAGAAGUGGAAGAGCCGGAAGAAGUCAAGGAAGCUGAAGAGUUGGUGGUGGUUCCAGAAAAGGUAACUGAAGAGGUGGAAGAAGUCAACUUGACAGAAGAAGCCAAGGAAACAGAAGCGCCGGAAGAGGCAAACCCAAAAGAAAAGUCGGAAAAGAAGGCAGUUGAGCCCGACGAGCAAGAGGAAACAAAAGAACCGGAAGAUAAAGAGGAAAAGGAAGAACCAGAAGAGGCCAAGCCAUCAGAACAGGAGAAGGAGCCUGUGGUAGUCGAAUGUGAAGCAACAGAAGAUCCCAAAAAGUCUGACCAGGUGGAGGAGGAGUUUCGAACUCAAACCCAGGAAAUGAACGACACCGCGAUAGACGAUUUGUUAAUGGAGGCGGACAAGGAUACCCUUGAAAGCGAGGAAAAGAAAGCGUCAGAGGUUGAACCCAUUGUUAUAUCAGAAGACGAUAAGGAACCCAAGGUAAAUGGCAUAUGCGAAAUGCCAACCGAUGACAAUAAGGAGCCCUUGGCUAAGGAAAAACCUGUUGUCGAGAAGGAAGCCAAAGAGCCGGAAUCUGAUGAUGAGGUUAUUUUCUUUGAGCCCCUGGAUAAGACAAAUAAGAUUGAAACUGCCACAGAGCCAACGAAUGAACAGUCUAAAAAACUAGAAGCGAAGGAUGACGAAGUCGUCCUGGUUUCCGAGGAUGAGGACGAAGAACCGCAAGAAAAGAAACUUGAAAAGGAAGUUCAAAGUUCCGUAAAGGAAACGACUACCAAAGGCCUUCCCAAUGAUUCCACGGCAGAAUCCGUUGAGGACAAAGACCUGCAAAUGGACAAUUCCGACAAUGCGUGUGAUCAGUUUGAGAAACUGAAGACCCCCAAAAAGGUGAAGUCCACUGCCAUCGAGGAUGGCAACAGUAAUUCCAGCAAUCUUUUGCGGCCUGCCGAGGAUUCUGAAGAGUCGGCACCAAAACGAGUGCGUCUUAGUACGGAUGAGAAAAUAGAACCCGUACUGGAGGCUGAACUUGAAACAACCACAAAGUCCAGUAGCGCGGAGGAAGACAAGAAAGAUAUUACCAAGCGGAGCCAUGAUCAUCUGGACAGCAGUCCGGAUCGGGAGAAUGAGAUUCCUAAUAAGAAACCUAAGACUGAAGACUCCGAAGACUCUUGCGACGGCACGCUCCAAAUCGAUAUGGAAGGAGAGGACGACAAGAUGCAGAUAAAGAAAGCAGAUUCCCCCAAAAAGGAAGAAGUUGAGAAACCCAAAAUUGAGCUCACACCUGCCCCGGAAACUAAAAAGGAUAUUAAGCCGCUGCGCCUGGAGUUUUUCAAGGCCUUCCGCCGCAGCAUCGACACCAUGACCCGCGAUGACCUGGAGGAGCUAGUGCUGCAGAAGGUCGUCGAGGCAAUGCUGGUCAAAAGUGAUUUCGCGGACAUCCGUUUGCAGUUGGAUAAAUGCGAGAACACCCUGACCGCGUAUCGCCGCAAGAUCGCCGAGGUGUCCAAGCAGUUCCUCGAUUUGGAGACGGUGCACAAACGGGUGCUUAAAGAUCUGGAGGCUAAGAACUCGCACUACACCGCUCCUGUGCGGAUUACGCGAGCAGUUGGACUUCAGGUGGGUAUUCCGUUUAAGGCCAUGAAGCCGACGGUCGCUGCUCCGGAGCAGUCACAUGCUGCAGGCAGUAUGUUGGCGCCACCCAGCGGAACGCCUCCCAAGGCCAGCACCUCCCCGAUGCGAUCGCCCAUGCGGUCCAGGCCGCCUCCUCCUACCUUUGGAUCAUCCUCAAGCUCAAUCGGUUCGGGUCCGGGCCCAAGUGGCACUCCGAGUCCCAAUCUCCAUCAGCAACCAGCUCGUUCCACCGCCAACUCAUCACAAUCCCCGGCAUCGGCGGGUACUGCCACGCCUCCUGUGCGCAGGGGUUGCCUGCAAAAGGUGACGCCCCAGCGACCAGGACCUGGUAACAACCUGCCCGUGCCACAGACCAACAACCAGUCCAACGUUCACCGCAUGCAGACCUCACCGCCUGGCGGUCAGAGGACCAUGCACGCCUCCAAGCACACCGGAACCACUGCCUCCAUGGCGGCAUCGGUGGCCAAGGCCGCCAUGCGGAACCGGAACUCGGCCCCCGCCUACGUUUCUCAGAAACAGCAGCAACAACAACAACAGCAGCAGCAACAAUACCAAACACCGCGUCCUGGUCCUGGUUCCACCACAGGUACAACUCCGACCAAGCCGGUUCCCAAGUGCACAACGAAAGUGCGCCCCAUGCCGCCCCCGCUUUCCGGGGCCACGGUCUCGGUGCCCAUGUCAUCUGCCAGCGGCAGUGGAGCUGGAUCCGGCGGCUACGGCCAGCAGCAGCAGCCCAGCCUAGCGCCGGCUAAGCCCAAGGAGAAGGCGGUCAUCGACCUCACCGACGAGGAUGACGCAGCGGCGGCGGCCGCGGCAAAGGCUGCCCAAGCACAAAUCGAGGCGAACGCUCGUCUGCGCCAGGCAUCCAAUGCGGCGGUCAAGCGGAGUGCCCAGACUGCAGCGGCGACAAGAGGAGGUCGCGGAGGAGGAAAUGUGGUGCGAGCGUCUCCAAUGCAAUUGGGACGCGUCAAUGCCCGUCAACUGGUCCAGAAUAAUGGAGGAGGUCAGCGAAGUUCUUUGGGCUCAAACGUGACCAUGCAGAUACGUUCGGAGAAUACCCCGCCGGCUGCCUCGCGUUUGAGAUACUCACAUCCUGCCCCGCUGCCCUCGUCUCCUGCCCAGCCCUUCAAUCCCGCCUGGAAAGUGCCUCCUUCGCGUCCCGUCAUUCGAAUCAAUCUGCUGGAUACCGGCAUUGUCAUCUCCUGGACGCUGGAGGACACGAGCCCGCGUUUCGCGGAGUGUGUUACAUACCAGAUCUAUGCCUACCAGGAGACGAUCCACGAGCCGAGUACGGACAGUUGGCGGCAUGUGGGCGAUGUCAACGCAAUGCUGCUGCCCAUGGCCGUCACGCUGAAUCAGUUCCAGGAAAACCAGCGGUAUUAUUUCGCGGUACGGGGUGUGGAUAAGCACCAGCGAUUCGGACCGUUCAGUGUUCCCAAGACAUGGUCGUAAACGGAUGCGGAUGCGGUAUCCAUUGGCCUGGCCUCUUCCUUAGGUGUAGAUUGUAGACCUAGUGACCCACAUGUAAUUUAUUUAUGACCGCAUUUCAAGCUUUUUAAACGUAUUCACUUUGAUAGCGUUGACACUUCGUUUCUCGAAAUUAGCCUGAAUUAUGAGUUUAGUUUUAAGUUUUAAAGAGAUUUUGCGAAGGAGUUCUAAAAAGUAAUACAUAAUUACGUCAAGCAGCCAAUCCUCUACAGCUAAAAGUCAGUCAGUAACGAAAAAAAACAAAUGUAUUUUAUUCACAUUAGUUUAUCACUAUUAAUUAAGUUCAAAACUUACAUGAAAUAAUAUACAACAUUGAAUAAAUAUCAAAUGAGGAAAGUUUU